AUGCCGUCCACCGACACGACCACGUCCACGUCGCACUUCGAGAUUCUCCCCGCGGGCCUGCCCCCGUCGGGUUCCCGCGCGUCGGUCCCGGCGUCCGCGAAGGACGACCCUCGAUGGGCGCGUCGCGCGGCCGAGGCGCUCGCGUCCUCGUCCGGCGCCGACAUCGCGCGGGUGCAGGCGACGCUCCAGGAGCUGCGGAAGUGCCAGGAGGCGGUGUCAGAACAGCUCGGGGAGACCAGGGAGGCGGUGCUGUGGCUGCAGAGGCUCGAGGUGGUGGAGCAGCAGAUGAUCCUCAUCCCAGACUACCAGGUGAAGGCUCGGAAGCUCGCGCACGACAUGAAAAACGUGGAGGAGCGGCUGCUGAAGGCGAAGAAACGGGCGGAGAAGCUCAUCGGACACGAGCUACCGAGCCACCCCGAGGAGGACGAAUAGCGCGUGAACGUGUAGGUCAUCAACAGAGGCGUCGUGUAUGUAUUCACAGGGAUGAAUCGAUGUAAUAGAAUAGAGCCCUCGCGGAGCCUCCUCGUUUAGGGCUCCUCUCGGACGAUGUUGCAGCC